AUGGCUCUGAAUUGGUGGUCCAAGGAACCUACAAGCAGUCAACAACAAAGUUCAAGCACUACUAAAUUUUCUUUUGUUCAAGACGAAGAAGAAACAAUGUAUUUCAAGGGUUCGUUGGCCAAGUUUCCUGCCAAAUGCAAUGCCGCUGCAAGCAUCAAUGGCAUUUCCCCUCACUUAUGCAAAAACAGCAAAAGCAACUCUGCCCCCAAGGAUGGUCACGAAAAUCAGAUUCAAUUUGCAUUAGAGCGAGGAAUUGGUGCAAUGAUUUCCGCCAUGUCCACAAAACAACUACCAUUUCCUACAGGGUCAUUUGAAAUGAUUCACUGUUCAAGAUGCCGUAUAGACUUUCAUGAAAAUGAUGGGAUUUUGAUAAAGGAGUUGGGUCGCCUUCUUCGCUCGAAUGGUUAUUUUGUUUAUUCAGCACCACCAGCUUGCAGAAAAGAUAAAGAUUUUCCUGUCAUUUGGGACAAGUUGGUGAACUUAACAACAGCAAUGUGCUGGAGACUCAUUGCUCAUAAAGUUCAAACUGCAAUAUGGAUUAAAGAAAAUAGCCAGCCCUCCUGUCUUCUGCAAAAUGCAAAACAAAAGGUUAUAAAUGUCUGUGAUGUGGAUGACGAAUCUAAACCUUCAUGGAAUAUCCCACUUAAGAACUGUAUACAAGUCAGAAGUUCUAAUACAGAAUCUUACAACCUACUACACUCAACAUACCUGACACUGUUGGAAUAA